UGAAGAAUAUGGCCUCCUUAUCAGGAUGGUUAUUUUACGUGUGAUAUUUAGUCUACAGUGUAUUCUGAGAGUUGUUUAUAAUGAUACGGAGUGUGUGUAUAGUAGUACGUACUGUUCAGUGUUCUUAGUUUAGUGCGUUUGAAAGUUAAUUAAUAUUUCGCUAUGAACUGUCACCAAAUUCUAAGUGGAGCUUGCAACGCUGGCGAUCGCUGCUUUGCUGUUGGAAGUGUAGAAGGAAUUCCUUUCACGGUUUACGCAGCAGGAUGCAACAUCGUGAUACUAGCGAGCACGUUCGAGCGGGUUCAGAUCAUCCCUGGCGCGAUCCACAACUACGUGCGUAUCAGCUGUGUGGACUGCUCUACAGACACUGGCAAGAUAGCGGCCGCUUACGAGAACCAAGUGUGCAUCUUCGAGCCUACACCUCUCAUACACAACAACAGCCCUCAUCAAUUGGACUAUCGAUGGGUACAGACUGGUGCAUGGCAAACAGACUGUUCCAUCACAGCAUUGUCAUGGAACCUAGAGGGUACUAGACUGUUGACUGGUGGAGAUGUACUACAACUCUGGCACCAGCAAACUCCACUUAUAUCAGAUGAAGACUGUGAAGGCUCUGGGAGAGGCAAUAUCGGGACUAAGUCCUUCAGAGGUGGUGGUGUGACGUUUGAGAUAGGGGAGGAUGCUAUGGGCCCCACUACCCCCACUGGUGGGGAAGAGGAAGAGCGGGGCUGGGAGUGUGUGUGGCGUUGUGUCCCCGCCACACCUGUACUGCACAUGGCCUUCAGUCCAGACGGAACAUUGUUUGCCACUGCGGGCCGCAACGACCGGCUGGUCAAGAUAUGGUUCGAGAACAAACACUUGCUGUUUCCAGCCAAGAGUAUGGAGUCACAGCACAGCAUGUCGUUUAUGAAUACAGCCAGCACAGAACUCAACUACAACUUUGUCUACAUUUCACAUCCCCGAGCUGUCACCCAGCUCUCCUGGCGUAAGACCAGCAAGUAUAUGCCCAAAGGGUCAGUGUCCAACAUGCUGGUGACAUCAUGUAAGGACAACAUAUGUAGAGUGUGGGUAGAGACUGUACUGCCAGACGACGGACUGGUCAAUAUGCAUCAGUUUGAUCCAUUGGCUGCUCAGAACCCCAAGUUCCGCACUCAUCGGCACAAACAUCGCUUCAUGCAACGCCUCAAACACAUGAAAACAUGUUUCCACAUCCGGAGACAUGCCAAGCACCAGCAGAGUUUGAACGGAGUGUCCAACCAGACGAUACCCACGCUGCCCUCCACCUACAGUGUCCACGACUUCCACAGCUACGGCUUCCAUGGUACAGGCGUUACGCCGGGACUGCACUUCCAUUUGGCGGCCAGCAUCAACGCAGAGACUGACAUACCACUGGUGCCGAGCCUAGUGACGGGAGACCCAGAGAGAGAACCCAACUUUGUACUUCAUUGGCUGAACAAUAAGGAAACAGCAUUCUCUCUACAGGCUGAGAGUUUGUUACAGGAACUCACCAGGAAAGUGGUGGAGAAAGAGGAAGGACUCCAUUUUGAGACCAGCAACCACGACUCUUCUGAACAUCAUGAGACUGAGGCAGGGGAGAGAACACCCAGCAGGAGAACGACUGGAGGUAAAGUGUCCAAGUCAGUCUCCCAAGAUGAGAGUAGUGAGGAGCAUCAACAUGGCCAGAGCAGCUUCCCCAACAGUAGUCAUCACACGCUCAGCAACGCAACAUCCAUCAACUCUCUUGCAACUGACACGGCCGGACCACCUACAGGAGGUCACAUGACUGAUUCACUGGAUGUUAAGAUAGAGGCUUUAUUGCGAGACUGGCAUCACAACCCAGACCUCCUGUUCGCCAUACACCCCAUCGAUGGCAGCUUCCUCAUCUGGGUGGUGGAGUGGCUGGACGAGUACCACCCCGGAUCGUUCCGUCAGGCUCAAGUGUCAUUCUCCACCCGCAUACCCACCGCCUUCCCUCUGGGAGAUGCCAUGACCAUGUCCAACAAUGUGUGUCUGUACCACACGUCGUGUUGUCUGCUGCAGUUGGUGUUCAGGGACGUGGUCAAGACUGCGGCGGCCACCAAGUCUCCACCCAACGGCCCUUUAUCUACGGGUGGCAACGAGGAGGCAGGCACGACACCACUACCCAGCGUGGUAGAGGAGGAUGGAGACGCGGAAGGAGAGGAAGGGGCGACCCCUGGUGGGGGGGAGGGUAGCAGAGAUGGACCGCCCAGCUGUGGAGGCAGCACAGAGGCAGCACACACACUGCACGACCUGCUGUCAGCCCCGCCUAGCCCCACACUGUCCAUGGUGACUAAACACAGCAAUGGCACUCUCAACUUGUGGCAGCUCACGUUUGCUGAUAAGACUAAGUUCACACAGGUGCUGAGUAUAGGACAUGCGUCACGGGCCUCGGGUCACAGGUUUAGAGUGAAUGACAUCACCUGUCAUCCUGUGUUGCCUCUGUUACUGACAACUUCUCAUCACAACCUACCUGAGGAUGCACCUAUCCAGAGCCCUUCUAGUCUUGAUCCCACCGCACCAACGGGUUUCUGUAGUGAGUUGAUCCUGUGGCGGGUUGACGCUGUUGGACCUCUCUCAAAGUCUGGAGGAGUCUCUGAGCUGGCUCGUAUCAAUUCUCCUGAAAUGUCCGCCUUUUCCAAUGUUGCCUGGAUACCUACCUUGCUUCCAAGUACCACGUUAGGGAACCUGUCCAAUUCACCGAGUGCCUGCUUUGUGGCUUCUGACGGAGAGAGUUUACGAGUUUACCAAGCUGUAAUAGACGCUCGGACAUUGCUGGCGGAAGUAUCUACUUCAGAACGAAGAAGUCGAAUGAUGGGUUCCACGAUGAGUUUGUCUACUGAUUUAUCGUCGGAAGACGGAGCCAAACAUAUCUCACUGCACGACCGCAUCAAGAUUGUCUCUCAACAGUCCACAGCUAGACCUGGCUGCGUCAUACAGCUCGACGCCAUCGCAGACGCUACUCAUGACUGGCAGAACACACAGUUCCUACACGUGUUCCAAGAACAGCUGAUCACUGGAGAGAGUAUGGGACUGGCGGGGACGCCAGGGGGCAUCUCACUGACAGAGGGCAGCCACGGGGCCAUCGUGGACCUGCAACAGACGAAGGAGUUUGAGGAGCCGUUCUACCUGGUUGUACUGGAACGGACGACACAAGGCACUACAGUACACACCUGGCGAAUAGUCAUCUCCUCUCAGACUGACAACAGCGAUGAAAAUGGAGACCUGAUGUACGUGCCAGACAGUAGACUGGUGCAGGACGACACAUUGGAGGAUGUAGACUCAUCCUCUAGGCUGGACGAGUCAUGUCACGGCCAGGUCCAUACUGGACAUGUGCAGAUAAAUACUACCAAGGUAUGUACACAAGAGCUACCUCUACCAGACGGGGUUGACGUGAUACAUGCGGCACCUGCUGGAGGACAUCUCAGCUCUGCCUCCAUCUAUCCAGCAUGCUUUGCUCCCUACAUCAUAGUGACAGCCUGCUCCGACAGCACCAUCAGAUUUUGGAAAUGCAAAGUCAGCAAAAAGCAAAAUGGGAAAGUAGAGCACACAUACGAGUGGCAAGAAUGGGAAAUGUUGCGGAAAGACAAGGAAUCAAUGAUUGAAAUAUCAGGUCAGCCACUAAACAUUAAUGCCGCCUACAGUGGGAGGAUCGCGUGUGCCUACAAGUAUGGCAAAUCCUUCACUCGACCGUCUCGCAAGGACCCUGACUCUCGAUAUGUCAACCUCUGUGUAGCCAUCUACGAAUGUGAAAGCACCGGUGGGUCAGAAUGGGUCCUAGAGGACACUCUACAUCUCAAGAACAUCCACCUGCCUCGUAUCCAGGUAGACCCCAGUGUGGACCUCAGCUACAUCUACGACCACACUCUGCUGUCCAAGAAACAGCGGCUGCAGAACAACUUCAUAAAGGCCAUGAGCAACGAGGAACUUGACCCUCGCAGGAAUGGAGAUAUGAACGGUCUCGGAGAACCUGCUAGCUUGGUUAAAACUGGUGCGGGUCUGCUAGCUGUCCCUAGCUUCAGCACGCUGCAGUCACUGCGCAAGAGCAUCAUAGAGAAUGGCAACAACUGUCCACUGACACAGAAACACCUGGUACAGCUGGACUGGGUGUCUAAAGAGGACGGCUCACACAUUCUCACAGUGGCUGUAGGAAGCAAGGUGAUGCUGUUCACCCCAGUGUCCAGUGAUUUAGCCCAAGCCAACAUGAAGGCCAUGAAGGAGUCUCAGUCCACAAACCGUCCCAUUCUCAGGAAGGCCUCGUCCCUUGCUGCUCCCAACUUUGUUGAUGAGAUUAGGUGGAUGAAGCUGCGUAAGAUAGACCUGACGACAGCAGAUGGACUGCCAGCACUGCCAAUGCAGCUGUCGUGGGUCCGAGAUGGCAUACUAGUGGUGGGGAUGGACAGUGAGAUGCAUGUGUAUUCUCAGUGGAAACCUGACAACGUUGGUGCCAAACGAUUCUAUGGCUCCAGGUUGCCACAUCAAGAGUCAGAGGAGGCGCAAGACACAAGGAAUCUGAGAGAUGAAGACCUUAGAAAUCUGGCCCAGGAGACUUCGCAACGCAGACUGGCUAAUGUGAGCUCCAUGCCUCAUCUGUCCAGGGUCAGCUCUAUAAACCUCACCAUGAUGGCCUCUGGAGAACCUAAGAAGAAGCGAAACACCAGUUCUGGAGGCCUUGGCCCAGCACCAGCAGAGCAAGCCAACACAAUGGACUCCUACAUGCCAGACUAUGGUCUGUUUGAAGCUUCAAGGAUAGCAUGUCCCGUGCUGCCUCAGUACCAUCCCAAACAGCUAAUGGAACUACUCAAUUCUGGCAAGAUAAGAUGGGUGAAAGCUAUUCUCGCUCAUCUUGUAAGGUGUAUCUCUGGCACUUGCACUGUCAGACAGGGAGCUGUGGUUUGCACCUUCACUGAUGAAGAAAAUCUUACUCGUCAGAGAGGCUGGUCAAGGUCUCGAACUCUGUCUGUCAGUUACGCAGCAGGCACCACUAGUCCGUUGGAGCAGAGAGGGUCGACCACCGCCAUCCCUGAGGAACUGACACUGGACUAUGCAGAGAUAACGUCCAUCCCUCCACUGCCUCUGUGGACUCUACUGGCUGCUGACAAGGAGACUCCUGCCAAGGCUGCGGCUGAUGAUCAACAGGACUACAACCAGCUGUUUGACGGAAAUGUGGCGAUGCCAUCAUUGGACGAUCUACUAGACGAGGAAGAAGACGAGGAUGGUCCAAGGAGAUGUGACAGACGACAGUCUGCCAACCCAGAGAAACAAUGCACCAUCAGUCACUUUGGACCUAGACAGGGUCGUCUGUUGUCCCGUCUAUUGACACACACUCACCUGCCCGGCCUCUCUAGUCUGGAUCAGAUGCAUCUGUUAGCUCUGGCUGAUACAGUGUCUACCUGCAACACCGACUUCUCUGAGAGGUUCGCCAUAGACGCUGCCAAGUCUGCCAUUGCCAAAGAAAAUCUGUCGGGACUACCAGAGGGAGAAGCCUCAUCAGACUCGCUAGAUGAUUGCGGAUUGAGGUUUUUGCUAGCCAUGAAACACUACAACUACCUGCUGAGAUGUCUUCCACUAGCACAGAGGGCCAAGUUCCAAAAACAAGGUGUGGCUACCAACAACCUGGUGUGGGCGUUCCACUCUGAGAGUGAAGAGGACUUGUUGAACCUGAUCCCCUCGUACAGCAAGGGGUCGCCUCGGUGGAGCACUCUCAAGGAGCUGGGUGUGGGUUGGUGGCUGAGGAAUCACACGCUGCUCAAGACCUGCAUGGAGAAGGUGGCGAAAGCGUCGUACCAGAUCAACCAGGAUCCCUUGGACGCAGCCAUCUUCUAUCUGGCCAUGAAGAAGAAGUCACUGGUGUGGGCUCUGUUUCGUUCUCGGCGAGACGACCGCAUGACCAGCUUCUUCUCCAACAACUUCGAGGAGGAUAGAUGGCGUAAAGCGGCGCUGAAAAAUGCUUUUGCUCUUCUGGGAAAGCAGAGGUUCGAACACGCUGCUGCCUUCUUCUUGCUGGCUGGAGCCUUGCGGGACGCUAUCGAGGUGUGCCUUAACAAGUUGGAAGACCUGCAACUCGCCAUGGUCAUAACUAGACUAUAUGAAGGUGAUAUGGACUCGACUCCGCCUAGUCUAAAACGAUUACUACAUGAGGAGGUUCUCGGUUGCGACUCGAAGGGUGAGAAUCAGAAUCUGUCCCAGGCCCAUCCUGAUCCUUUCCUGAGGUCCAUGGCUCUGUGGAUCCUGAAGGAGCAUCAGGGCAGUCUCAACACACUGCUACAGACCAAUGUGGGCAGCAUGCAUCCCCUCUACCACGACGACAAGCCAGAAGGCACAUCAGCCAACCCUAAUGUGUUCAACUUUUACGUCUAUCUACGCACACACCCUCUACUGAUAAGACAGUACCUGGCAGCUUCUUAUCAGGAUAAGAAGAAGCACACUGUUGUGUUAUCAGGGUUCAGCUAUGGGCUGGAAACUGCCUCUGGCAAGCAGCAGAAGACUGACCGUCAAUUGACACUGGAAGACUCCAUCACACCACUUGAGCGCCAGUUGUACUUCACCACGGCGCACGCUCACUUCAAGGCCGGCUGUCCUGCGCUCGCACUCGAGGUCUUGUCCAAACUGCCCAACAAAGUACUCGAGCCCUCCUCAGCAGAGAGUCCGAGUUUGAUGAGCAGCCCCACUAAAGCAAGGCAUCAAGAUUUCCAAAUAGAGACUGGCAUCCUGCAUACAGAUCAUGCUGAGAAGGACUCUGCCACUGUGGCUCAAAAAGAGUCCUCAAUGGACUGGUCGUCCAGUGCAGAGUUUGACUGGUCUCAGCCUGUGACCAGCAACAAGGAUGAUGACCUGGUGAUCCGUUGGGAUGACCCGGAGUUGGAGCCGGAGCACGGGAGUGACGAGGAGGCCGAGGCUCCUAUGGCGAUGAAGAUUGACCAGAAACUUGAGCCAGAAGUGAACGGAACAGAAGAGGAAGAUGAGCGGGUUGGUGGUACAUUGGACAUCAUGGCACAACAGCUCAAGUUUGUGGCGUGCCUCAAGAUACUGAUGGAGGAGUUGUCUACACUGGCUACUGGCUACGAGGUGGACGGAGGUCAACUGAGGUACCAGUUGUACCUGUGGCUAGAGAGAGAGGUGGAGGCAUUAAGACAGCUUUGCAACUACAGUCCAGGAGAUGUGGAGCUGGCAGAUGCCCCCAAUGAUCCCCCAGACCCAAGUGAUCUAAGAGAUCAUAACAACACUCCAACUUUCAACAAAGAGAAGCCAACACUACAUGAGAUCCUGAUGGCAGAGAAGCUCGAUUUUGAGGCUAAGGUGCAAAGGGCUGCCCGUCGUAAAAAGUGGCUCAAAGCCAAUGAGACGCUGCUGCGCACACUGCUGUCCUACUGCAGUCUGCACGGUGCCAGUGGUGGAGGUCUGGCCAGUGUGAGGAUGGAGUUGGUGUUACUACUACAGGAGUUACAGCAGGAGAAGACACAACAACAGCUGCUGUCUCCUCUGCCGUUCCCUACAACACUACCUCUGCUGUCGGCCAGUGUGGCGUGUAACAAGACUGUGGUGGCCGACCCUGUCCGACACCUCCAGAACCUGGCCCAUGACAUGCUACAAACCAUUGUCGAGCUGAGGUCGCCCCCCACCCUCAGUAGAGUCAACCUCAGUGAGGUGUUUGUAUUGAGAGAUCUGUCUGUGGCUCUGUCCUCAUGUAUCUACCAGUCUCUGUGUGACAGUGACAGUUGCAGCGUCAAACAGACAGUGGACGGGUUCUGCGGGGUCGCUGGAGUAGAGAACUUGUCGUGUGUCAACUCCAGUAGUCACCUGAUUGCCAGCAGUCGCAAGCGUAGAUACAGCACAGACGAACCAGUCACCGUCAGCACCCAACCAUCCAAGUGGCCUGGUGUGACGAACCUAAGGGCGUUGCUAGCACGUGAGAAGGACGAGGACACGCCCCGUCUCAAUGUGUUGCUGUGUGAGGCGUUUGUGGCGUCCUACAUGAGUCUGAUAGUGUACUCGGUCGCCACGUGUGACUGUCACAUAUUGUACCGUCUGAUGGGGCAGCGCUACUCAGAGCACACCUGGGCUGCACUGUUUGGUGGUGGAGUGAAGAAACUGCUCCGGGUCGCUCAGAGCAACUCUAUUCAGAAGAGCAUCAUUGAGCGGACAGAGUCCACCAGCUCCAAGGAAGAAUUGUGGUCGCCAGGACUCAUUAAACAGCGGAUGUUGCUCAACAUGAAGCUGCUAGGACAGUUUGCCUCACAGUCCGGCUCACCAACCAUGAAGGAGGACAAACCUACCUACAGGGAACAGUUUGUACCUCCAGAGAUGUCUAUGGUCUCAUACUUCUUGAGCAAGCCGAUACUGCCAGACGAGGCGGCGGACGUGGACUACGACAGUGCGGACAGUGCAGUGAGUGAUUUGAGUGAGGAGGAGGAGGAGGACAAUGUGUUUGAAGGAGACAGUAUCAGAGACAAGCCACCAGCACCACCCAAGGACAACACUGAACACUCCAACCCUGCGUCGUACUCGUGGUGUGUCAUGAGGCUGGCCGUGGUCAAACUGGUGCAAUGUCAACUGCAGGACUUCCUCAAUGUGGCCGGUAUAGAACUACAAGAGUUGCCGGUGAGUUCUCCUCUGAUCCACGGUGUGUUGCGGGUUGUCAGUCAGUGGGAGGAGGUGCUCAAGUCAGAGCUGGAGUCUAGAGGUCCUCCCCCAGCAGACUACAUACCUGGCUGCUACGUAGAGACUGCAACUACUGGGCCACCCAUCAACAAGUACCGCUCACUACUGGACAAGAACAACACACCCUUCCAAGUUCAUUCGCCAAAAGAAAAAUGCAUUAUUCCCCUUUUUGUUAGCCCCCGGCACUGGUCUGCUGCACCGGCACGUCGACUGUGGAGUUUCCUGGUGCGCCAGGAGCCGGUACAAGAGUUGUUCAUCCGGUGCGUGUUUGGCAAGCGACGCAGUCCACCAAGCAUUUUGGAUGUGACGGAUCGUGUGGGACAGGACGUGCAUCUACCCGAGCCUGUCAGGAUCAUACACAAGGAGCAGGACUCUAUCACUGCCUUCUGUCUCAACAACGUGAAUGGGGGACUGCUAGCUCUUGCCACACCUCGGGAGGUACAGGAGAUGGACAUCUCUCUACUGCUGGAGAUGCCUUCCUGGCUAGAGGACGAGUGUGAGCUGGACCUCAUGAGCCUCAACAAGGAACCUGAGCUGCUACCAUCGAGCGGGUUCCUUGUGAUUCAGACGCCCAAUGAUAAACCGAUGCAGAAUCCUGCAGCCAAUCCUAACCAAGCGAUGAGUCCUCAGGGUGGUCUAGCAGGGCAAACUGGGCGAGGCGCUUCAGUGAUGAAGGGUUUGACCUUCCCAGGGUCGCACGACCCAGCUUUCUGUCAGUUGGUCAUUGACCGCAGUCAUCACUUACUCAAGCCGGUGUUAAAACAUCGAGUGGACAACAUCAGAAGAAUCAGUGCUCAUCCUCUACUUCCUCUGUACCUGACAGGAGCACAGGACGGGUCAGUGCAGAUGUGGGAGUGGGGACACACACAGUCUGUAGCUGUGGCCAGACCUAGCGGCACCUUCGCUAAGGUGACACGUGUUCGCUUCAGUCAGCAUGGUAACAAGUUCGGGGUCGCAGAUGGUGAUGGAAACCUCUCUUUGUUCCAAUCCCAAGUUGGAACUUUGGCUAGUGGCAACCUGCCUUUCUUUACCUACCAGUGCCACAACAAGUUGACAAGUGACUUUGUGUUCCUGGGCUCGUGUAGUCUGGUCGCCACAGCUGGUCACAGUUCUGAGAGCAAGAACGUUGCAAUGUGGGAUACACUGUUGCCUCAGAAAAAAGCUCUCAUUGCAGCAUUCACCUGUCACGAUCAGGGUGCUUCGAGCAUAGUUUUUGCGCCGCAGCACCAGCUCCUGAUCUCCGCAGGCAAGAAGGGAGAUGUCUGCAUACUGGACGUGCGACAACGCAGCAUUCGCCACCGCUUUGUUGCUCACGAAAGUCCUGUCAAGUGUCUGGCCAUUGAUCCUGCUGAGGAGUUCUUUGUCACCGGGGCAGCAGACGGUGACAUCAAGGUGUGGGGUUUGAGUAUUCACCAGUUGCUGUACUCGUUUCCUGGUGAACACGCUCGGUCGUCCUUCUUCAAGCACAUUGGCCAGGGCGUGACGCAGCUACACGUGGACGGCGCAGCCAGACUGUUCAGCUGUGGCGCCGAUGGCUCCAUGAAGGUGCGCCAGCUGCCGGAGCGGGAACUCACAGUGCACUCACUAUACUAGAUUUUGCAGCAAGUAGGCGCAAGUUCAACGAAACGAUGGUGCACCGACUCUCGCCUUCACAUUUAGUUUAAGUAGUCUAAAUAAUUAAUUACCACAAUAUUAAAUAUUGUUGAUAUAAUAUAUGGUGUCAAAUAUGUAAAAUUCAGGGGUCUUUUUCCCACAUAGGAACAUUGUAUUAUUUUGUAUCUAUCUAGUGUUAUAUUUAGUUUUUAGAAACUGUUAAAAAGUCAUGUAGUUGUUAAGUUGAUAGAUGUUUGUUGAUUGUUUAAUAGAUCUUGUAUUAUUUUAUUAUAAGAACGUCAAGCGUGUUAAAAGAUGAGUUAUGAUUAUUUAUUAUAAUAGGUUGGCUGUGAGAGAAUUCCAUUUAUUUUAUCGAUUGAGUUUAAAGGCCUGAACUGUUGAAAUGGUCGCUCAGUUGCCCUGUAUCAUAAUCAAACUUUGCCAGGUCCUUGUGGCUUUUCAGCGAAAUACGGCCAUGUUUUGUUUUCCUUAUUUAUUUGUUAUUACUGUUAAAUAUUCUAUUAAGAAGAAUGUUCAUCUUUGUUGUAAAUCAAUUAAUAUAUUUCAAACGGUUUGUUGUUAUUAAAUGCUUAAUAACACAAAUUGUUCGCUAGUAAAUACGAUAAGCUAACGAUCGUCCGUCAUUCAUUUACCAGUUUAUUUUCCCCAAAGGUGAUGGUGAGAAGCAAUAAUGUUAAGGCAUUUAACAGAUUAUAAAAUAGUGUUUGUAUCACUCCCCUCGAGGGGAAAGCCGAAGUCCUUCUUCUGCACUUUGCAGCUGUAUUUACUUGCAUUUGCAUCCACUUUCUUCACAUCAAUAGUACAGAGAUAUCCGCCUCCGAGUUCGUAAUGGUAAUACACCCAGAGGUAACAUGGUCUAUGGCUAUUGUUGAGUUUCUCUGUACUAUUGUAACCACAGCGCACUGUACAUCGCUUGCUCGUCGCCGUUGCACUCUCGACAGAGAAUCAGACAAUACCGUUGUUAUCUUAGCUUCUAGUUGCAUGGUUGUUGCACUUGUUAUCAUAGUCACUAUUGUAAUCACUCUAAUCACUACAUCCAGACUCACAAAUUGUUACAUUCGAGAUUCUCUUAGAUCCAAGAUUUUGGAAGUCAAUUUCGUGCUGUGCUAAAGGAAAUUUAAGUCAAUGUAGAAAAAUCUGCUUAAAUUCUUCGCUUUACCUAGCCGAUGGUGUUGGGUUAAUUGUUCAUGGUGUGUGUUGAUUGUUGAUACAGUACAGUGAUUAAGUGUUGUUAAAUGAGGUUAAAAAUGUAACACAAAUGAUGAUAAAAUCACUGGUAGUCUAAUAAAAAGACAUAUAUACUUUUUUACUGUUUUUAACAUAUAAGUUGCCAUGUUAUAUAUCUUGUUUGAAAAACUAUCUUUUGUAUUAUGACUGUAUUAGCACUUUAAAAUUUUUUUGAAAAAGAUAUAAACCAAAAUAAUUGUUGAAUGUGAGUUUUGGAUGUUUUGAGUGCCCUUAUUCAUAAAUUGUCCAUAGAACCUAUUAUUAAACAAAUGUAAUACUUCUUAUUCCUUGCUAGAGUGCUAAUUCAUUUUCACGAGUCUCUAAAAAUGUUAAAUCUUAUCAGUGCACAUCCAUUGAAAAGGUUUUUAGUGCUUAGGCACAGUUUUCUGAAAGCCUCAUUAAUGUUUUCUACUUUUGCAUUGAGCACUCUGGAUGGAAUAAAGAACAAAAAUUAACACCUUCCUAAAGGAAUGAUGAUAUCAAUUAUUUUAAUGACUUUAGUGUGGGGAUUAACAUUAGUAUUUUAUUUAUUAUUUUAUUUCAUCGUUGUAGCUAACAUUACAAAUUGAAUUAUUGCAGCUUAAUUUAUUGAUAUAAGGAAUGUUUUGUCUUUGUGACAUGUUAAAGUUUUGUAUUCGUUAUUAUUUUUUUAAAGAUAGUGCAAACAAAUCAUUUUACUUAAUACAAUGAGGCUUUUACAGUACAAUCAUUGUAAUCAUGGUCCUAAACCUUUAUUUAACAAAAAUCAUAAUUAAAAUUAUGAAUCUUUUACUCAAUAUUUUGUCUUGUGUCAUUAAUAUUGCCAUCACCAGUUUGCUAAGUUUUAAAUCAGAUAUGCUCAACAUGUAACUUGGUUUGAGUGAAAUGACCGAAUCGAUAUUGUGUUACUUUAAAGUAGGGAUGGACGAGAUUGGAUUUUUAGUUCGAGACGAGACGAGACGAGAUUUUUUAUUUCUCAUAAAAUUUCGAGACGAGAUCGAGACGAGAUUUCUCUUCUCAUACACAACGGGAAAUGCACGUUCGAAAUUUUUACCUGAUUUUUUACCAUUGUUAGAUGACUGUUUAAAUACUAAAAUAAUGGUAAUAGGCAAGAAUAUUUAAAAUCUUUCAUUAAAUAACAUCAGCAUAACAUUUUUUUAUUAAUCACGCCUAACUUAUUAAAAAUGCCUACGAUUAGGAAACAUGGUGAUAUCAGUUAGGAUAGAGUUCAACUUAUCCUAAAAUAAAAUAAAUCAUAAAAUAAAAGCAAUAUUAAUUUUUAUAAAAUAGUUACUUGUUUUGACUUUUUUUUUAUAGUAAUAAAACAUUCCUCACACUGCUUACACUUCGCAAAACUUCUCAAAUGUUAUUAAAGUAAUAUUAUUAAAAUAAUGAAAGUAAUAUUUACAUUAAAAGAAUUAAAGUAAUAUUUACAUUAAAAGAAUUAAUUAAAUAAGAACGCCUUCGAAAAGGAAACGCAACUACAACACGCUCCUGUAUUGCGGGUAUUGCAUUGACUUUCUGCAGGCGUUUUUAAUUUUUUUUUUUUUUUUUUUUUUUUUUUUUUUUUUUUUUUUCUCGUCUCGAUAAAAAUCUCGGCCAAAAAGUAAUCUCGUCUCGUGUAACGAGAUUGAAAAUUUCCCGAAAAUUUCCCGAAAUUUCGAGACUUGACCAUCCCUACUUUAAAGUAUUUUAAAUGUAUUAUUGAAGCGUUAGUUUAGAACGUCCUCGCCAAGCAUAGUUCAAGUUACCAUCCGAGGACAGAGAGCAUCAUUCCUUGUAGGCUAGGCACAGGAUUGGACUGUUACAAUUAUAUUAAGCGGUUUGUAAUGUCAUGUAGCAAAGUUUAGUCAUAAAAUAUUUAACUGCUUCUUGUUUAUGUACAUAUAAUGUUGAAAUGUGUAAAAUGGUGAUGUCAGUAAAUAACGUACUGGACAGUGUUA